UGUGUGCUCAGGGAGUCACGUGACAAGGUGAAGCGCGCGCGCCCCCUUCUUCCAUGUCCAUCAGUGGGAAUUAGAUGGUGUAUAUUCUUGACAUGACACACUGUAGAACUACACUAUAUGCCCAAAAGUAUGUGGACACCCGACCCAUUGAAAACCCAUUUGUUUGUUCAACAUCCCAUUCAAUAUGUAAUUCCCCCUUUAAUGUUAUAAAUAAGCUCCACUCUUCUGGGAAGGCGCAAACGUUUUGCCCAUAUAGCGUAUAAUAUACACUGUAUAUUGUAUGAACUGGCAUUCAUAAUUGUUACUUACCGCGUUCUUCACCUGGCGCACACGUGAAAUCCUAUUACGUCACGCCCGUGACGCGGCACAAGGAGGCGCGCGCGCUGCAUCUCCUCCUCCUCCUCGUCCUCCUCCUCUUCUUCCUCCUCGUCCUCCUCCUCGUCCUCAGCAGCAGCAGCAGCAGCAGCAUCAUGCCGGCUCCUCUACUCGGAGAUGUGUUCCCUAACUUCGAAGCCGAGACCACCAUCGGCAAAAUCAGACUCCACGACUACCUGGGAGACUCCUGGGGCAUCCUGUUCUCGCACCCGCGGGACUACACUCCCGUCUGCACCACCGAGCUGGGGCGAGCCGUCGCGCUGAGUCCGCAGUUUGCUAAACGCGGCGUGAAGAUGAUCGGUCUGUCCAUCGAUAGUGUCGAGGAACACCAUGGUUGGAGCCAGGACAUCCUGGCCUACAAUAAUGACGAGACCGUCUCCAGGUUCCCGUUUCCCAUCAUAGCAGAUGGUAAGCGUGAGCUGGCUGUGGAGCUGGGCAUGCUGGACCCGAACGAGAAAGACCAGUCCGGUAUGCCGCUUACUGCUCGAUGCGUGUUUGUGAUUGGUCCCGAUAAGAAGUUAAGGCUCUCACUCCUCUACCCGGCCACCACGGGGCGAAACUUUAACGAGAUUCUACGAGUGAUCGAUUCCUUGCAGUUAACAGCGUACCAGCGGGUGGCGACGCCUGUAGACUGGAAGCCGGGGGAUCGGGUCAUGGUUCCACCUAGCAUCCCAGAGGAAGAAGCCAAGACCCUGUUCCCUGCUGGAGUGUACACUAAGGAGCUUCCAUCCGGGAAGAAGUAUCUGCGCUACACACCACAACCAUGAACUACGGAACCGGACAGAACCUCAGACAAAACCCAAACCCUUUGGUCUCAAAGGACCAAAGAACUGGACGAGACCAAACGGAAACGGACGAAAUAAGCAAACCGGACAGACCCGAGCGAUCACGAAGCUGCAUUCACGACUCGGAUUGAACUCGAGCUAACAUAAAAUAUUUCACUUGAUGACGCAGCGUACUGACCAAUCACCAGAGAGAAACUUACCGCACCGCACCCUGAACUACAUAAAGACGACGCGGAACAGAAACCCGACUGGCUCGAGACGUGACGUUAUACAGUGGCGCGCAUACCUUUAGGACAAGAAAUGUAUAUAGAGCAUUUUGUGUAACGUACUACAACUUCACACCCGGUUUAAAACCUUUUACGUGUCGGAUCUUUGUCAAGAUCGUGUUUACGGACACGCCCACUUUUAAUUAUCAUGGAAUUUAGAAUAUAUAUCUAUAGAGUGAUAAAGUGCCAGUGAAAUCAUUUUUAAAAUCUUUUUUUUAUUAUUAUAAUUUACUCACAAUUAGCAAUUAAAUACAAAAAUAAAAAAAAGAAAAAGUGUUCAUUCAAAUCCUUAAACAUUUGCAUUUAAGGACUUCAUCGUC